AUGGAGGCGGACGCUGAGGUGCUUGCAUGCGACCUCUGCAUCGUGGGAGCCGGAUGGGAAGGCGUCAACGUGCUGAACGCCGCGUCGAAGUACUUGCCCGAGUCGGCUCGCGUCGUUGUCAUCGCGCGAGAGCGCACAUGGGGUGGGCAGUGGGUAGACCAGUACGACUUUGUGAGGCUGCACGGGCCGCACCUGGCGUACGGGAUCGGUGAGCGGCCAUGGCUCUCGCUCGCUCCGCAGCAAAAGGCUUUUCCGUACCAGGCGAGCAAACGGGAGAUUCUCCAGUAUUUUGAGGAGACAAUGGAAGCGUGCGUCACAGAGCGCAGCCUCGACGUCGUCAAGCUGUUUGAGCACCACUUUGAUGGGCACAGCACAAAUGACGGGAAAGUCGAAAUCAGCGUGCACCGGAUGGCGCAGCCGAGCGCGAAACUCCGCGUGGUGGCGUCUCGGCUGAUCAAGGCGUUGGGCGCCGACACGCCGAUUAAGUCGCCCUUUCCCGUGCCGGGUGGCCUGUCUGUCCACUCCCUCUGCCCUGGCGAUGUUGGCAGCCCGAGCUGUAUCGCUAAGAUGCGCUUUGGAGAGUUCAGAGCUGCGCCAAUCUUUGUGGUGGGCAGCGGAAAGACUGCGAUGGAUGUCAUCCUGCGCCUCUCUCGCGAGCUGCCCGGCGCGAGUCAUCGCAUCCACUGCAUCGCAGGUCGGGGCACGUACUUUGCGAGCCGGGAGGUUCUCUUCCCAGCCCAGGCUCCGUCCGAUCCGGACGCGGCCGACGGCAUCGACCUGAUGAUUGAGAUGUUCGACAUCUUCGACGGCACCAAUGGCCUGGAGGUGCUAAACCACGUGGCUUCCAAAGGGCUCCUGCGCUCUCCGAUUCCGGACGCGGCCUCCUUUGUCAACGGCACCGCAUCUGCGCAGGAGGUGGCAGAGAUGGCAGCCGCGCUCAGCCCCUCGGACCAAAAAGUGACAAAGGCGCACCUGCUGUGCAUCCAGCAGGACGCGGGCCAGCCGUCCCUGUUGAUGCGGCAUCUCGACGGCUCCACCGCGCGGAAGCAGUUGCCGCCGGGGACAUUUGUGAUCAACUGCACCGACAACUUUCGAUGGCAGCCCGCCGAGCCUGUGAUCAGCGACGGCGGUCUGGUGAUGAGCCCGCAGCUCAUUGCCGGCACAGCGGGCCCGUCGGGCAACAUCGCCACACACCUCUACUUCCAGGGUAAGCUGGAGGAUCUGUGGCGGGGCGUCCCCAGGCGUAACUACGACGCGAGAGACAAGGCGAACACAGGCUGCCAGUACCUGAUGACUGCCGUCCUCAACAACGCGCUGAUGGCGAGCAAGCUUCCGGAAGAGGUACGUAUCUCGUCGACACCCCCUUCGAUAUUCUCGCCCGGGUCGCCCUCCCUUCUACGGCUGAAGGAGGCCAUGCCGCGCCUCAUGGAGAAGCUGCACCGCGUCGUCAAGGGCCGGUAUACCGACACGCAGGAGCUCGUGGUGCCGCCCCACCUUGGCGGCUGGAGCGCUGACACGCCGUGA